AUGCCAAAAACAUUAUACAAUCGAUCUGUCAUCUUCUUACAGUCCACAGAAGCUUUGGAAUUCAUGAAACGGGACCUGGCUGAGUUCACUCAAGUAGUGCAGCAUGACACAGCCUGCACUAUCGCUGCUACGGCCAGCGUGGUCAAGGACAAGCUGGCAAGGACAGAAGGUUCCUCAGGUGCAACUGAAAAGGUGAGGAAAGGGCUCUCUGACUUCCUCGGUGUCAUCUCGGACACAUUUGCUCCCUCUCCUGAUAAGACCAUUGACUGCGAUGUCAUCACACUGAUGGCAACACCCACAGGUACCACAGAGCCCUAUGACAGUGCCAAGGCUCGCCUCUACAGCCUCCAGUCAGACCCAGCCACCUACUGCAACGAACCUGAUGGCCCUGCUGAGGUCCUUGAGGCCUGGCUCUCUCAGUUUAACCUAGAGGAGAAGAAAGGGGAGAUUGCGGAGCUGCUGGCAACCAGCCCUUCCAUCCGGGCUCUCUACACCAAAAUGGUCCCUGUGGCUGUUUCCCAUUCUGAAUUUUGGCAGCGCUACUUCUAUAAAGUGCAUCGCCUGGAGCAGGAUGAAGCCCGGAGGGAGGCUCUGAAGCAGCGAGCGGAGCAGAGCAUUCACCAAGAGGAGCCAGGCUGGGAAGAGGAUGAAGAGGAGUUCUUGGGGAUGUCACCCCUGCCUUGUGCAAACGUGAAAUUGCCAGAAGCAGCAGAGAAAGAAUCUGCCCCUGCAGCCCUGGAGGGAAGCCACCCCACUGCUCACAAGGGACCCUCAGUGGAAAGCUGGGCUGUCCUCCCUCCGGAGCCGGCCCCAGCAGAGGGGAGCCCCUCUGAGAGCAGUGAGAGCAUCUCCCUUGUGACUCAGAUCGCAAACCCUGCCUCUGUGCCUGCUGCGCAGCUACAGACUGGAGCACAACCAGCUGGGGCCGGAGAGAGGCUGCUGGAGGCCACCUCGGCAGAGCAGAGCUCUCUGCCAAAGCCCCCAGAACCUGGUCAUCCUUCUGCACCUGCCCGGGAGUCAGCAGCAUCCUCAGAGCAACUGGCUGUUACAGAGCUCAAAGAGGUGGAGAGCAAAGCCCAGGGCAGGACAGAGACUCUGAAAGAGGAAGGACCAACAGAUCUACGAGUCUUUGAGCUGAACUCGGAUAGUGGGAAAUCCACUCCCUCCAACAACGGCAAGAAAGGCUCCAGCACGGAUAUCAGUGAGGACUGGGAAAAAGACUUUGAUUUGGACAUGACUGAAGAGGAGGUGCAGCUGGCGCUCUCGAAGGUGGAAAUGUCUGGUGAGCUGGAAGAUGAAGAGUGGGAAGACUGGGAAUAAAGCGACUGCUUCCAGUGCGUGUCACAGGCUCAUUUCCACCAUCGAAUGUGAAUUAAAUCACGGACCGGCUGUUCCUUUGUGUGUAACUGAGCGGGAGAUUGCAGUUCCAGGCUGGAGGUG